AGAACACUACAAAUAAUCAAUAAACAAUUUCUUUUUUUUUUUUAAAGAGUAGUUGUAAGCACCCAUUUGGUUAUCUCCAGCUUCCUAUUGAAAGCUUAGAAAACCACUCUGGUAGCAUGCAAAAUGCCAGAAUAACUUUCCUUUGUUUACAGUUUUUUAUUACUACCUGGUGGUAGCUCAUGCCUUUAAUCCCAGAAGCAGAGGAAGGUAGAUCUCCGAGUUAAGGCUCAGCCUGGUCUACAGAGAGCGUUCCAAGACAGCCAGAACUAUACAGAGAAGCCCUGUCUUGGAAAACAAAUGAACAAACAAAAAAAUAGUUACUUAUUUUAAUUUAUAUGUGAAUGUUUUUCCUACAUAUGUGUAGACAACAGCUGCUUGGGCUGAUUUAGAUAUAUUGGAUAUUCUAAGAAUCCAGAAAUACUGGAAUAAUUCCAGGGUUGCUAGCCCAAAUAUCUUAUACUAAUAGUAUACCUUAUACUACCAAUAAGAAGAGUCUGCUUCUGAAAUUCAGGGUCAGAUUUCUGGGGCCUGGGAACAGGACUUUUAAGCAGCAAACAUGUUUGGAAGGCUGUGGUGCAAAGCCAUUUUUGCUGGCUACAAGAGAAGUCUCUGGAACCAAAGAGAGCACACAGCCCUUCUUAAAAUUGAAAGAGUUUGUGCCCGAGAUGAAACCGAAUUCUACCUAGGCAACAGAUGUGCUUAUGCGUAUAAAGCAAAAAACAAUACAGUGACUCCUGGAGGCAAACCAAACAAAAGCAGAGUGAUCUGGGGAAAGGUAACUUGGUCCCAUGGAAAGAGUGGCCUGGUUCACACCAAAUUCCAAAACAACCCUUCUCUGAAGGCCAUUGGACACAGACUCCCUGUGAUGCUGUACCCAUCCUGGAUUUAAACUAAUGAAAAGUAAAUAAAUCAAAGUGGAUUUAUGGGGGGACCUAAGUUUGUAGGGUAAGAAUUUUAAACGUGCUGUUAAAAGGCGACUUUGGGGUAUGCAAGAUGUUCAGUGUGCAGCAUGCCAACUCGACACAGGGAGGUUAGGGCUGGGAGAAGCUUCAGUGGGGGGACUUGAAACCAGCAGACGUACGACUGUUAAAGGAGAGAGUGAAGGGAUGGAAAGAGAAUCAAAGGUAGAACAUGUUUUAAAACUCAAAGUAACCAAGAAAUCUUCAGGAGGGUAGACAGGGGAAGAAGAAACAUGAAAACUAGGUCAGAGGAACCUGGAUCCCCUUAAAGAUGUGGCUCAGAGGUAGAGCACUUGCCUAGCUGAGAUGGAGAAAGAUGAAGUAUUUUAGAGACUUUGGGAAAGGAACUGACAGGACAGGAGAGUGUGAUAGUGGUCUCUACAGAUGAGACCCAAAUAGAGAAGUCAGUCUUAAAUAGGAGGAUUAACUUGUCUCCAGAGAAUGAAGGGCUGGAGAUAAGAGUUGAAGUAGAAAUAGAUUUUGUAUUAGGGUUGGAAAAUUAGGGAAACUGACACCUUAUGAUGUUCUCUGAUGAGAAGAAAAAGAGAUUGGUUGUAGGUGAAGUUUUGAGUUUGAAGAAGCUGAUGUGGUUUUAUCAUGAUAACCUAGAGGAAUUCUUCUAAGAACUGGUCAAGGAUAGGUGAUUGACAAGUUGGGUUGCAAGGUGAAGGCCAUAAAUUCAGAUUCACCUAACACGGGUGGUACCUCAUGGCCAUAGUUACUGCACUAUUGCAAGGUUGUAUUCUCUUUUGCCACCUCUGUUCUGUUCUCAGUGUAGUUAUCUGUGACAUUAAACCUUUCUAGGCUGAAUGUUCACCUUUAUAGUCUCUUCAGAAAUUUUGCAGCCCAUUUAGUUAGGUAACGGGAGUAAGUAUUUAUUCCUAGGAUGAAGGUGCUUUAAGACAGUAUUUCUAUGGUUCAGUGUUAAAUCAAGGAUGCUUUAGGCAUACGUUAUUCUAUCAUAACUAGCUUUAUAGUCUAUGAGUAGAUUAAUUUCCUCUAUUAGUCCUGUUCUUCUGUUGGAAAUUGCCUAAUCUUCUUGAU